UUCUGAAAGAGAGCGCAAAGCAUUUGUUACGGUUUUAUAAAUUUAUAUUUUAGAAAAUCUGCAACAUGUCUGGACGUGGAAAAGGGGGUAAGGUGAAGGGAAAGGCAAAGUCACGAUCAAAUAGAGCAGGAUUACAAUUUCCGGUUGGCCGUAUUCAUCGGCUUUUAAGGAAAGGUAAUUAUGCCGAACGAGUUGGAGCUGGAGCGCCAGUUUACUUAGCAGCAGUGAUGGAAUAUCUGGCUGCUGAAGUUCUCGAGUUGGCAGGAAAUGCUGCUCGUGAUAACAAAAAGACAAGAAUUAUUCCGAGACAUUUGCAAUUGGCGAUCCGAAAUGACGAAGAAUUAAAUAAAUUGUUGUCUGGCGUGACUAUAGCUCAGGGUGGUGUCUUGCCAAACAUACAAGCUGUUUUGCUUCCAAAGAAGACAGAAAAAAAAACAUAAUUAAAAAUUUACAAAUAAAAACGGCCCUUUUUAGGGCCACCAGAUUGAUUUUUCUUUAAGGCAUUAUCUCGUUUGGAUUACGUCACUAAUAUUUUCAUUUAAACGAAAAUUUAUCUUCUAAAUACA